UAAAAAUUUGUGACGAGUACUAUACUAGAACCUUUUAUUUUCUCUUUAAAUAAUUGUUUGAUCCCCCAUUAAAUUUACUAAUAUAUCUUGCAAACCUUCUUAUAAAUAUUCAUAUGCUUCUCUACACUUCUCAAGCUAAGCAAAAAAGGAAAACGCAAAUCAGUUCUUAAAAAAAACAAAGAAAAUGCGAACUGUGAGUACCUUUAUUGCUGCUCCAUCAACAACGGAACUAACCGAACCAACCCUAAAAACUAUAUUUUCACCGCCGGCGAGUUUUCAGAGAUCGCCGUGGCAUUCUCCGGCGCCGUAUCUCUUUGCCGGCGUAGCAGCUAUGCUAGGGUUAAUAGCUUUUGCUCUUGUAAUCUUAGCUUGCUCUUACCGGAAACGCUCCGGUGAUGAUCAGUCUCAAAGUGAUAUCGAAGCCGGCGCCGGCGAGAAAUCUGCCGGCGAUAACUUAAAGGUCAUGCCGGUUUUUGAAGUGAAAAUAGUAGUGAUAAUGGCGGGUGAUUUGAACCCAACUUUUUUGGCGACGCCUAUAUAUAUGUCAAGCAAAGGUUCUUCGUUUGGGAAUAAAUGUGAGAAGAAAUUGGAAAAUGAGAGUGAAGAAUUAGAUGCUGAGAAGCUGAAAGAACAAGUAAUUACAAUGGAAGUUAGGGACCAAAGAGAUGAAGAAUUACAACAUAGUAAUGGAGAGAGCAGCCACUGAGCUCAAAACAGAGUCUUCUCUUCCUUUUUUUUUUUUAAAUAUAUAUUUGUUUUUUUUCUUUUCUCAAAAUCCUGCUUUUUAUUUGGAUUUUCAAUUUUGAAGUUCUGGAGAUUGUAAUUUUGUUGGGACAAGAAAGACUGCUAUAAAUUCUCAUUUUCCUGUA